CUCUAUGUUCUCAUCAAGCUAGCAAAAACCCUAGACAGAAAGAAAACAAAACUUCCCACAAAAAAUGGUUCUCCAAAGUGAGAUGAUGUUCCCUCAUCAAGCUGGCCAUGGGUACAAGAACCAAGCCAACUACUCUCAUGAAGAGGAAGACUACUAUUCCUACAAUGAUGGGUAUGGCUCCUCCAGCAUGCAGAUGAUGAGGCCCAACCCUAACCCUAAUUUCAACUCCCACUACUUUAUGUCCGCCGCCCAGCCGCCGCAGUACCACGUUGCGGCGGCCCCGGGACAUAGCUACCCGCGCCCUAUCCCGCACCACGGCGUCGGCGACGACGGCCACUAUGACCACCACUACGAAAACAAGAUGCACCAUGAGUUCUCCAAAACUUACGGUGGCGGCAAAGAACAUUGUUACGAUGAUGAUGACGUUCACGGUUUCGGCGGCGGCAAACAUCACAACUUACACGACGAUCACGGGUUUGGCGGCGACAAACACGUGUUUGGCGGCGGCGACAAACACGGCUUUGGCGGCGGUAAACAGCACGUGAUCAGCUCAGUUGAAUCCUACUAUGGGCAGAAAGGGAUGAAGAAUAAGCAGCUGAAUCCCGCUCUAGCUGCAGAGGGUUAUAAGUUUCUGGGCGGCGGCGGCGGCGGCGGCGGUGGCUUUGGAGGUAAGAUUCUGGAUGGUAUUAGUCGUCAUCAGAUGAGCCGCCGUCCAGAUGGGUUGUUCAGGGAAAAGCAGAGCGACCACUGGGAACUGAAGAGUAUUGAUGAUUGAAACCAUAUAAUGAUCGAUCGAUCGCCUCAUUAUGAUAUAAUUCCCCUAAUUAAUUAAGCACGUCCAUAUAUAUAUACUGUAUAAUAAGAAUCUAUCUGAUCGAUCUUUAUAUACUUCGUAUUACCGAUCUUAGAUAACUCAAAAUUAAAAAGCACAGCUUGCUAGCUGCUGCUUAUUACAGACUUGUCCCUUCCGUAUUGUGUUCCUCCCGUUUCUAAGAAUGGAAUAAUGAUAUACGAUGUAUGUAUACUAGUUCUCUUUUAAUUGUAACAUUGGAUUUUUUUGCACUAUUUACA